AUGGCUACCUCAAACUGUAGUUCAGUAGAUAAGUUGAUCUCAUUGAAAUUGGAUGCUGUUGGAUCUGCACCAUCAUCAUUGUCACUAAGCAGUGCAGCAUCGUCAUCAACAUCGCAAUCACCAAGAUCACUCUCACCAAUACAACAACAACAACAGAUCCCAUCAUCCCCGACCAUGAUGGUUGUCGAGCAAGCUCCACCAAGCUCACCACACCUUCACACCACCACCACUGUGAAAUCGAACAACAUCACCAAUUCGCCGUCCCCAAAGAGACAGGCAAAGGAUGUACUCUCAGCCCAAAUCCUCAUUGGCAUGAAGAACUUGAUUCCCUCGUUAUCGUCGGCAUCAUCGUCCUCGACCUCGCCCAACUCACCACUGUCGGCACCCAACUCGCCCCUUCCGAUCCAAGCUCCACUUUCGCCAUCCAGCAGCAGCGACACUGAGAAGCCAAACAGCAACACCGACCACCAACUUCCAUUAUCUCAUAAUAGCCCAAGCGCAUCCAACAGUCCGAUCCAGAACAACUGCACUUUCAAAGAGUGUCUUUUGUGUAAGCGUGGAUCGCCAUUCGUCAACAACCAAUCACCCACCUGGGCUUGUAUCAUGCGAAUCGUAUUCUACUGCUUGCAGAACGAGAUCACAUCGAAACCUUUUCUCAAUCUCAAGACUGACGUGUACGGCUUCAUGACUGCACAUUGGCAUUUAUUAUGUCUAGACAAAAAGAGAUCUGACAAUUGGCAUAAACAAAUUCAAGACAUGUUAUCUCACUCCAAGAAUCUAUUCGAGAGUGGUAUGGACACCUAUAAGCAAAACGGAUAUUGGCGUAUGAAACAAAUCACUGACCCAUGGGAAGAAAUCAAAUCCAAAAAAGUAAUCUCAAAGAGAAAGCGUUCUUAUAGUGAGGCCGAUAAAGACCACUCAUCAAAGAACAACAAUAACAAUAGUAAUAACAGUAACAAUUCAAGUGUUGUUUCUUCACCUGCUCCUUCCGCCACCGCCACCGCCACCACCACCGCCAACGCCACUGUCACCGUCCCAAUAUCACCAUUAUCGUCCACCACUAGCUCCAUCGACAAGAAGAUUCAUGAGAAUUUCCACCAAUUAUCGUCUCAGUUGAAUAAAAACAAAGAAACCAAUACCAACAAGACAAUUCCAACACCUCCAAUCAAUCUUGCAUUGAAUUCACAGGUAGCCGCUCCAAUCUCUUCCUCCAAGUCCAUCUCCACACCAAGACUGAAGAAGAAGCAAAAGGUAGAUCACUUGAUCCCAGGCCUAUCUACCCAACAUGGUUCUACCAAUAACACCAACAACAACAACGCCACCAUCAUCCCAACCUUGGUUGUCAACCAAGCACCCAUCCCAACAUUGCCAAUCAUUUCAAUGUUGGACGAAAGCUCGCUCAAGAUCGAUGACUCUGACGUCGAAGUCAACAUUGAAGAUGAUGUCGAAGAGAUCAAACACUAUGAUGACGAUCAAUCAUCAAUGAGUUUGCUUCUUCUCUCUUCAACUGCCGUCGAAUCAUCGUCCAAGUUGCUUCUCCCGAUGGUGCGUGACCAACAACAGCCAACCACCAGAUCGUCCUCCGUAGCCGAAACCUCUGCCAGUUUCACACUAUCAUCAUCAUCAUCGAAUCUCGCCAACACUGGUGGUAAUACAUCUGCGCCAACCUCACCACCGACUGUUUCAUCGCCAUCAUCACUUCUCUUGAUAAAAGAAGAAGAAAUUUCACUGUUGAAACAACAACUUCAAUUGAUUUGCUCCAACCUCACCAUCAUCAAUCAAUCUGACGACCCAAGCACAGUUCAAUCAAUGAUUGAAAAAGAAAUCAAAAGAAUUUCAAAUAUAUGCAGUAACAAUAAUCACCACGAUUUAGACAAAUCAUCAUCCGCCAUCACCUCCAACGCUUCCGCCACCUCUUUUAAUAAAAGUCCAAAACCAUCCGCUAUCACCGCCAACGAAGCUCCAGAAGAUGACUGUGUGCCAAAUUUGGGACUUUCAAGUUUAAUGGUAGCACUAUUUUUGUUUUGCGAAUUUUGUGUUGUUUCAAUAGGAAUGAUUAUAAACAUUGUAUUGUUCCUCGAUUUAGUUGUUGAAAUACAUCAAUUUAAAAUUGAAUUACCUCAUACUUUAUUUUCAUUUCAAAUUGACUUCUUAAUACUAAUAAAAAAUAAAAUAAUUAGUGAAUCAUUAAAGUCUUUAGAAAGAUGUUUUGGAUUCUAUUGCUAUUCCAAUUACACCAAGAGAAUCGAAAAGUAUGCCAGUUGGAAAAAUAAAUUGCAAACACUUGACCUGAAAAAGGAUGGUGAUGUUGAUGAAAUUAUAAAAUUCGUUGUUGGAUAUGAUUUUCCAUUUGAAAUGUUUUUGUCUUUGAAUUUUUGUUUCUAUAGAACAUUUUGCAGUCCAACCAUUGCAGGAGUAUAUGCCAAAACUGGUGUUAUUGCUAAUACUACUGAUAAGAGAGCAUGUGACACUGAUUUAUUGAUGCACAUUUGGAUGGAUUAUGGACUUGACAGUACCGAAGGUAAAGCAUCAUAUGAACAACUAAACAAGAUCCAUGGUCUUCACUCUGCCAAGACCAGAAAUGUGGAUUUCGUCUUUGUCUUGAGCUGUUUGGUUAUCGACGCUAUCCAAUUCACCAGAGACUAUGGUUGGAGAAGUAUUGAAGAGAAGGAGAAACAAGCAAUCUGGGAGUUCUAUCGUCGUGUCGGAGAGAGAAUGGAGAUAAAAGAUCUUCCAAAGAGCUUGGAUGAUUGCUAUCAGAUGGUCGAAAAGUACACUGAAGACGAAAGAUCAGCACGUAUCACCGAAGAUGGAGUCGCUUUGACUGAAGCCAUCACCAAACUGGUCUGUCAAUGGUAUUAUUUCAUCCCACAACCAAUCCUCCGUAUGGCUGUCAGUGUCAUUCUCUACCAAAUGGGAGCAACCUUCCAAAGAAAGCUUGGACUCACCAAACCAACAUUUGUUCAAUCAUUGUUUGUCAACACAAUCUUGCAAAUCCGUAGAGCACUUCUCAAUGUCGUUCCACUCCGUACCGAACCAUUCAAGCUUUCUGAUUCAAUUAUGAAAUCCGAUUAUGGUUGUCCAAUUAGUAAAGAUACUAUUAAAAAAGUUGGACCAGUUGACGUAUUAGCUAGAAUACAAUAA